AUGGAGAAAGAGGCGGAGAAGGAGAAAAAAACCCCAAAUAAGGACGCGGAGGACAAAGACCAGGACCAGGCCAGCACCGAGGGGUCCGCGGAGUCCGACGAGGGGUCCGAGGAUGGGUCUAAGGAAGUCCAGACCAAAACCCCGACCCGAGCGCUACUGUCCAUGAGGUCUAUGAGCACCAUGGACGUGGAGGAUGACUCGCCCAAUAUGAUUGUCUACAGAAAGAUUGAAGAGAUCGUGACCAGGAUGCAGGAGGAGACUGAGGGAGUGCCCAUCAGAACGGUCAAAAGCUUCAUGACCAAAAUACCAAGUGUCGUUACAGGAGCAGAUAUUGUGCAAUGGUUGAUGAAGACGUUGGGCAUAGAGGAUCCAGCUGAGGCCAUGCACAUCGGGUCCCUCAUUGCCUCUCAGGGAUACUUCUUCCCCAUCUCAGACCACGUCCUCACCCUCAAAGACGACGGGACCUUCUACCGCUUUCAGGCUCCGUACUUCUGGCCGUCGCACUGCUGGGAGCCCGAGAACACAGACUAUGCCAUCUACCUGUGUAAGCGCACCAUGCAGAACAAGACCAGACUGGAGCUGGCAGACUACGAGGCGGAGAACCUUGCCCGGCUCCAGAGAGCGUUUGCCAGAAAGUGGGAGUUUAUCUACAUGCAGGCAGAGGCCCAGGUCAAGAUCGACCGUAAGAAAGACAAAACAGAGAGAAAGAUCCUGGACAGUCAAGAGCGAGCGUUCUGGGACGUGCACAGACCUGUGCCUGGAUGUGUAAACACGACAGAGAUGGACAUCAGGAAGUGCAGAAGAUUGAAGAAUCCACACAGAGUUAAAAAGUCUGUGUAUGGUUUAUCUGAAGAGGGUCCCCAGUCCCAGAGUCCCAUCCACACACCGUCCCACCAGAGUCGCAAGGGGACCAAGGAGGACGUGGAGAAGGAGAUCCAGUUUCUGAACACACAACUUGACCGACACUGUAUGAAGAUGUCCAAAGUGGCAGAAAGUCUGAUGGGCUACACAGAGCAGUAUCUGGAGUACGACCCCUUUAUCUUGACCCCUGACCCAUCCAACCCCUGGAUCAGUGAUGACCCCUCCUACUGGGACCUGGAGGCUAGUAAGGAGCCCAGCCAGCAGAGGGUGAAGAAGUGGGGCUUCUCUCUGGAGGAGGCCCUCAAGGAUCCACUGGGGCAAGACCUUUUCCUGCGCUUCCUCGAGUCAGAGUUUAGCUCGGAAAAUCUGCGAUUCUGGCUCGCUGUGCAGGACUUGAAGAGGCAGCCGCAGCAGGACGUGGCCCAGCGAGCGCAGGACAUCUGGGCUGAGUUUUUAGCCGAGGGGGCCCCCAGCCCCAUCAACCUGGACUCCCACAGCUACGAACGCACCAGCCACAACCUCAAAGACCCGGGCCGCUACAGCUACGAGGACGCACAGGACCACAUCUACCACCUGAUGAAGAGCGACAGCUACAGCCGCUUCCUCCGCUCCAAUGUGUACCAGGACCUGCUGCUGGCCCGAAGGAAGCCUGAGACAGACCAGGGCAGACGCACCUCUCUGGAGAAGUUCACUCGCAGCGUGGGCAAGUCCUUGACAGGGAAGCGGCUCACCGGUCUCAUGCAGUCCUCCUGACAAGGCCCGGACUAGCGAACCUGAACUGUCACGUACUGUCUACUCACCACCACAAGGGGGCGACUACAUACACUUGGAAGUGGCUAAGGAGCGACGCUGGAGUACACAGGACUACAGGCUGGACCCAAACGCCACAUCGUAAAAAUAAAAUAUCUACACGAAGAGACCUGACAGCAUGCAAUAAGUCACUAAAUGUACCACCAGGGCGGCGCUGUCACUGCAUAGUUGAUGAUGACUAUAAAAAUGAACUAUUCUUAGGAUUUCUACUUUGUAAGCCUGUACACUGCCAGGCUCCUGUCUCCUGUGUUGGAUAUGUG